CUAAGCUCCUCUGCUUCUAAGUUUUCCCCAAUUCUGUGACGGCGGCCGCGGAAUGUAUCGAACGGUGGCGAAGCGGUUGUUUAGCGGUGCAAGGUACUAUAAUGGCAGUGUUGGGCUCCGAUUCCGGCCUCCUCAGGCGUUGAUAGCCUCUUCUCGCUUUUCCACAUCCGAGAGUCAGCCAUUUUCACACAGUGCCGAUCAUCGCAUUCCAGUGACCACCGCCGAAAGCCCUAACUUUUCAGAUGCGGCUUCUUCUUCUUCUUCAUCAUCAUCAUCGACGGAUGAGGAUGCCCCACGCUAUGAGGACCCGAGACCCGGAGCCAAAUUCCAGGACGAACAAGCUCGCAUGCUUCAGGCCUCGCUCCCUCACGUCAUGAAGUUAGGAUGGACAGAAGCAGCGCUAGUUGCAGGAGCAAGGGAUGUUGGUCUGUCCCCUUCUAUCGUUGGAUCUUUGUCGAGGAAGGAAGCUGCACUGGUUGAGUUUUUCAUGGAUGACUGCUUACAAAGACUAAUAGAUAGAAUUGACUCGGAUGAGAGUUUAAAAAACUUGACACCAAGCGACUGCAUCUCUAAGCUUAUCAGAAUUCGUCUGGAAAUGCAAGCUCCAUAUAUAUCAACAUGGCCUCAAGCUCUUAGCAUCCAGGCACAACCAGUCAAUGUUCCAAAGAGUUUUAAGCAGAGGGCAAUGCUUGUGGAUGAGAUCUGGCAUGCUGCUGGUGACAAUGCCUCUGAUAUUGAUUGGUAUGCCAAGCGCACUAUACUUGGAGGAAUAUACUCAACGACUGAGAUUUAUAUGCUGACAGAUAGCUCUCCUGAUUUUCGUGAUACAUGGGCUUUCUUGGAUGCUCGAGUGAAAGAUGCUUUUGAUCUAAAGAAAACCAUUCAAGAGGCACAGUAUUUAGCAGAAGCUGUUAGUGCCGGGCUGGGGAACUCCUUUCAAGGUUUUGUUGGGAAAGUUUUUCGGAGAUGAAUCGUGGUGGGAAGAUGUGCUGAUGGCAUGCCUUUGUUGCUUGGUUAUAUCUUGUUUCAAACAAUGUUUCUUCUAAACAAUGAUUGUCACUUGAAGGAGACGCUAUAUUAAGUAGUAAUUAUCUUUUCAGCUGACUUAAAAUUUAUUCUACGUCUUAGGACUUCACUCAGGCCUUCAGUUCCAGGCUCAUGACUGCACAAUAAUUAUAAGCUUGUAAAUAAUUCCAUUAUCAGUUAUAUUGUAAUUUCCCGCUUUUUUAAGUGAUGUUGUUUGACUUUAUAAAUGAAUAAGAAUGUGCAAUAGCAUUUGUUUGUA